AUGCACUCACCUCCUAGAGAACAGCCUGCCAUCAUGCUCUGGAAACUGGUUGAAAAUGUCAAGUACGAAGAUAUCUAUGAGAUGUUAGUCCACACCUAUUCCGCCAUGGACCGGCAUGAUGGAGUGCCCAGCCACAGUUCCAGGCUGUCCCAGCUGGGAUCCGUCUCCCAGGGACCCUACUCCAGCGCUCCUCCGCUCUCUCACACCCCGUCCUCGGAUUUCCAGCCGCCUUAUUUCCCACCCCCCUACCAGCCUCUUCCUUACCACCAAAGCCAGGACCCUUACUCCCAUGUCAAUGACCCCUACUCCCUAAACCCCUUGCAUCAACCCCAGCAGCACCCCUGGGGACAGAGGCAGAGGCAAGAGGUGGGAUCAGACGCCGGGUCACUGCUGCCACAGCCUCGGGCCGCCCUGCCCCAGCUCUCGGGACUGGACCCCAGGCGGGACUACCACUCGGUACGAAGGCCAGAUGUCCUGCUGCACUCAGCUCACCAUGGCCUUGACUCCGGCAUGGGGGACAGCCUUUCUCUGCACGGCAUCGGGCACCCGGGGAUGGAGGAAGUCCAGUCAGUUGAAGAUGCCAAUAACAGCGGUAUGAACUUAUUGGACCAGUCUGUCAUUAAAAAAGUUCCGGUUCCUCCAAAAUCCGUUACAUCUUUGAUGAUGAAUAAAGAUGGCUUCCUGGGUGGAAUUUCGGUCAACACCGGAGAGGUGUUCUGCUCUGUCCCUGGCCGCUUGUCUUUGCUUAGUUCAACUUCCAAGUACAAAGUAACAGUGGGAGAAGUUCAAAGGCGCCUUUCUCCCCCCGAGUGUCUGAACGCAUCCCUGCUAGGAGGAGUGCUGAGAAGAGCCAAAUCGAAAAACGGGGGGAGAUCUUUGCGAGAAAGGCUAGAAAAAAUCGGUUUGAAUUUACCAGCCGGCAGGCGUAAGGCUGCAAAUGUCACUUUACUCACCUCCCUGGUGGAAGGUGAGGCCGUUCAUUUAGCCCGGGAUUUUGGGUACAUCUGCGAAACGGAGUUCCCAGCCAAGGCUGUUUCUGAAUACCUGAACAGACAGCACACAGACCCCAGCGACCUCCACUCCAGGAAAAACAUGCUGCUUGCUACAAAGCAACUUUGUAAAGAAUUUACAGAUCUCUUGGCCCAGGACAGGACACCCAUUGGAAACAGCCGGCCCACCCCUAUUUUGGAACCAGGCAUUCAGAGCUGCUUGACUCACUUCAGCCUCAUCACUCACGGCUUUGGGGCUCCCGCUAUCUGCGCCGCCCUCACGGCCCUCCAAAACUACCUGACUGAAGCUCUCAAAGGCAUGGACAAGAUGUUCUUGAACAACAACACUGCUAACAGGCACACAUCUGGCGAAGGACCAGGUAGUAAAACUGGAGACAAGGAAGAGAAACACAGAAAAUGAGAGGAAAAAAAAAAAAAAAAGGAAA